CUCGGCUUCCCUUCUCUCGGACCCCCCGAACGAGAGCCAGCCGCUGCGGCCACCACCACCACCACCACCACUACCACUACCAGCACCACCACCCGUCGUCGUCGUUGUCCUAACCAUGGCGACCACCGCUACGUGCACCCGGUUCACUGACGAGUACCAGCUGUACGAGGAGCUCGGGAAGGGAGCUUUUUCAGUGGUGCGCAGAUGUGUCAAGAAGUCGUCGGGACAGGAAUACGCCGCAAAGAUCAUCAACACCAAGAAGCUGUCUGCACGAGACCACCAGAAGCUGGAGCGUGAGGCUCGUAUCUGCCGGCUGCUCAAACACCCCAACAUCGUUGGCUUUGGAGGUCGUCUGAAUCCUUACAUGGCUCGUGUUGCCACCCUGGCGGGUGUGGGCAAGGGGGGGGCAGUCAGCGACAUGAAUAAAGUGUGA